AUGCCCUUCGAGUCAUCCACAAAUCCUUUCCCUCAGGACUGGGAACGAUGCUUUGAUAGGAAGCCGAUCUCCGCGAACCCCAUUCUCGCGGAUCUCGACAUCGAACACAAUGAGCUGGCGCAAACGUGCAAGUCCUUUGUCCGCCGCCUUCUAUUAGAGGACCGAGUCGACAUGGGAGAGCAGCCGCCGUCUCCGGCCGAUGUGCUCGCACUCGUGCGCCAGCUGCAGACCGGUUGGGUCUCCCGGCCCCGACGACGCCAGUUUGCCAACACCAUAACCCUUGCGGGCCGAUUUCUUCCUACGGUCCAAACCCAUGCGGCAUUGAUGGCCGUGCUGCCCGACUCUGACCUGUUCCACGCCCCGCUCUUUUAUAGCGUACUGCAAAUUGUGCUCAAGGCAUCUUCAAAUUACCCCCACGUGAUCGAAUGUCUUUUAACCGCCCUCCUGGAUAUUCAUCGUGCCCUGGACCUUCCGGAGGAGCCAUUGUCGUCGGCCCACCUGUUGCCUGUCGCGCAGAUCUAUGCCCUGAUUUUCUUUUUCUUGACCGAAUUCAUGGAUUGGUAUGUGCGACGGUCCACGUGCGCGCUGUUGAAUUGUCACAGCCAGGAUGCAUAUGCAGAGUUUUACUAUCUGGUCCGCUGCAUUCAGCGCCAGGCAAGGGCCCUCGCCGGGCCUGCCGAUGCCAUGGAUCUGGAUCUGGAUCUGGAUACGAAAUGUGACUCGGCCUAUAGCCCACGCGCCCUGUGGGAGGAGUCCCAACUCAGUCAGGUGGGCCGGCAAGGAGCAGAACGGCGAAUCGCCGCCCAGAACACCAUAACGCGCCGAUUGAUCUGGGAAAUCCAGCAAGAUGCUGAAGAACGAGCGCGCAUCCGGGAGCAACGCGACCAGCUAUUGGCCCAGAUGCUGACUGCCGUCAGCGAGCACCUCACCCCGAUCGCCGAGCAGAGCAGUGGCAUUGUCUGCCUGACCACCGCGGCCCCAGACCUUGGUAUGGAACCCCCGACGCCGCUUCUUUACCCAUGCGCCAUCGGCGAGGCCGCAACAGAGACUAAUUUGCCACCAGUGACUACCCAAUUCGAAUGGUCACGAGGGUCAAAGCGUCGUCUCGCCCGCCUGGAACUCCAAAAUGCCUCCAAACAUCUCCAGGUUUUCUUCGACAGUGACGACCAGGUCGCCGACUUUGCGCCGGAUGUCCGAGUGGCAGCUGAGGGCACGCUCAUCACCUCGCUACAGAACUGGAUGACCAAUCCCCGAUCGCACGCCCUGGCCGUCGGUGGUCCCCAGAACCCCCUCUUCCCGAACUCCGUGGCUCUGAUCUCAGCCUGCUAUGCGUCCAUCGCCCGCCGCACACGGCUGCCCGUGGUGGCGCACUUCUGCGCCCUCUCUACCGAGGGGGUGCUGGGUCUGGGUCUGACACCCCACCAACGGGGGCUCAUUGCCCUGACCUACAGUCUGAUCCGCCAGUUGAUUGAUUCUCUCCCCACAGUCGUCGACAGUGACGCCCUGCUGGACCUCAGUGCCGAGCGCUUCCUUCAGCUCGAUGGAUCGAUGUAUAGUUGGAAAGCUGCUCUCGCGUUGGUCGACACCCUACUGCAUUUUGUCCCGCCGCUAUUGGUUUGUGUCAUCGAUGGCAUUGAUACGAUUCAAGACGCCUCCACGGAUGUGGCGCUACGGGAGCUCAUCCGCGUUCUCCUUACUCAUACCCGCCACCAACCACAGCCUAUGGACCUCGACAGCCCUGGCCCAACGUUCUUGUUCAAAGUUUUGUUUACCGUCGCGGGGCGGCCCAGUGCCCUGGUGGAAACUAUGUCCGAGAACCAGGUGAUCAUGAGCGAGUCGACGGCGGCAAAUGAGUCCACUCCCUCAGACCCUGUACUUACAUCGGAUCUGGGCGCCGUCAUGAUGAAUGCCUGA